CUGUCGACCCUCGAUGAUUCUGACCUAAAUAGUCGCACUGUGGCACUCUCUUCAUCCAGGUGUCGAAAAAUGGCAGCAUUUUCAUUUGGACUUCAUAUAUGUAUUCUGGUGCAUAAUUCAAGACAUUACAAGAUCUGAAGGGCCUCGACCAUUUCUCAUUUUCUAAAUCAGUUGACAAGAAGGAUGAAAGAUGACAUUCACAAAUUAUCUCCCAUUUUUUUGGAAUUGAUGAAGAUAAUGCAUCCAUGAAAAAUCUCCAAUGGCUAGCAGGUCUUCUUAAACAUGUUAACAAUAUUGGCAACGUGAAACAACUUAAUACAACUAUUUUAAUAUCUUGGAAGCUGCAGGGAUAGAAUAAAGAAUGAGUUUGUCCAAGGUGACUGACUAGCGGCAGUGACUGGUGAAGCUGACUGUACAUGGCGUACGAUGUGUGACGCCAUGAUGGAAUACACAGGGCUGCUGCCGCGGCAGGGAAGUUCUGAAAAGUCACGCAAGAGGACUAUCAGUAACUUAGAUGUUUUGGAAGACUUUGAUGAUGAUGACAGUCUUCUGGAGACAGGAUCAAUGAAGAUGUCAAAGAUGUCCUUCGAUUCUGUCUCAAACCCUGGUGAUAGACAGAACCAUAGCGAGAUUGAGAAGCGAAGACGGGACAAGAUGAACACUUAUAUUAUCGAGUUGUCUUCACUUUUACCGAUGUGUAGUUCUAUGAGCCGAAAGCUAGACAAACUGACUGUGCUACGGAUGGCUGUACAACAUCUGAAGUCAUUGCGAGGAUCUGCCAGUGUCUGCUCAGAGAAAACAUCACGACCGUCAUUUCUUUCUGAGGAUGAAAUGAAACAUCUAAUUCUAAAGGCUGCUGAAGGCUUCCUACUUGUGGUGAGCUGUGACCGUGCCCGAAUCCUGUACGUGUCGGAAUCUGUGAAAAAUGUCCUCAGCUACUCAAGGAAUGACUUGAUUGGCCAGAGUAUGUUUGACUACCUACAUCCUCGAGACAUUAGCAAAGUGAAGGAACAGUUGUCAUCAUCCGAUGUUUCCCCUCGAGAAAAACUCAUUGAUGCCAGAACAAUGAUGCCGGUGAAAACAGAGUUCACUCACCGACCGACACCCACACACCUGUGUUCUGGAGCCCGGCGAGCUUUUUUCUGUCAGAUGAAGUGUGGUAACCGUGAUCUGACCUCUAUCAAGCCAGAAAUAGAUGACAUUGAUUUCUGUCAGAGGCGGAAAAAAACAGACCGGAAGUCCUACAUUUUGAUCCACUGCACAGGAUACCUGAAGUCGUGGUCAACAUCCAAAGUUGAUCUCGGUGAGACAGAUGAGGCUGACGAUAACUGUAACCUCAGUUGUCUAGUAGCAGUUUGUCAGGUGAAAUCUUCCCUUGACCAGUUAAAGAUUUCAACCAACGAUAAGAUCAAUGUCCGCCCCAUAGAGUAUAUCUCCAAACACAGCAUUGACGGCAAGUUCUCCUACAUUGAUCAGGGGGCAACCAUUUUACUAGGCUACCUUCCCCAGGAGCUGUUGGGUACGUCAGUGUAUGAAUAUUAUCACCAGGAUGAUGUCUUGGAGAUGGCCGAAAUACACAGAAAAGUGCUCAAGUCACAGGAAAAAGUGGAGACAUGUGUUUAUAGGUUCAAAAUCAAGGACGGAUCAUUUAUACACCUGCGAUCUCGUGUCUUCAGUUUUCACAACCCCUGGACUAAGGAGGUUGAAUACAUUGUGUCUACAAACACUAUUAUACCUUCGCAGGAAGUAAGCAGCUCAGAACAGGAAAUAAGUACGGGAACUUCAGGGAUAGGUUUUGAUUGUGAAGAUAAUAAUUACGAAGACAACGAAUUAGAAAUUCAAAGUCAGCCUGAACGUGGGCAGGUAAAUGUGCCAGGAAUGGCCAGUGGAACACGUUUGGGAGCUGGGCGCAUUGGCAGGCAAAUAGCAGAGGAAAUUCUUGAACUACAACGUGGUCAGGGGAGUAGUCACACAGCCACUGCCUUAGCUGAUAGUACAAACCCUACAAGUACUCCCUCUCCUGAAGCUUGUGUCAGCAGUACGAAAACAAGAACGCAGUUUGGUACCGUCACAUCAGCAUCAAGGUCCUCACCCCUUCACCUUUCUGCAAGUUCAUCCACCCACCUUACAUCCUCUGCACCCAUCAAUGGCAUGUCCUUCAAGGCUGCCGCACCCAGUACCAGUACACCAUCUUGCUGGAUGUCGGAGUCCAGCUUGAUAGAGAAUGUCAUUGCAGAACAACAAGCCGUCGAGGACAUGGAUGGUUCUGAUGGCAAUGACGAGGCAGCUAUGUCCAUUAUUGUCAGUCUUCUGGAGGCAGACGCAGGACUAGGGGGUCCUAUAGACUUCAACGACAUUCCCUGGCCGCUAUGAUUGUACAGGGAGCAAGGUCUUACAGGCUUUUGCUGACAUUCACUCUUUAGUAUAAGAAAUGCAAAGCUGUGUCUCCUUGCUCCCAUUAGCAGUUUUCUUCUGAGUGUCAGAGCAGUUAACUUGUAUCAUAGCCUCCCUCUGAUCAUAGGAAUUUAUUUUAUUCAUUUUCCCUGGACAUUGACAUUUGUCGGCCUUUAGUCCAGGAUCUUGCUGCAGAAUACAACAUCUUUCUGCCUUGAACAUGCAAGGUUUCAAAAUGUGAUAAAAUAAAUAUGGUCUGUGUGUUAGAUAAAGGAAGAGACAGGGUUGUUCAUGCUAGCCUACCUUGUGCCUAAGAAGAUUCUGAUGGCCUAAACUUUUUUUUAGAUAUAAUGAAAAGGUGAAUGUGAUUUAGUUCAGUUAUAAGUGCUUUUGCAAGAAAGUGUGAUAUAAGUUUAAGAAGUGCAUUCAUAUCUAUGAUUCAGUGGAGGUGCAAGAUGAUUAUUUAUAUAAAUGGAAAUAAAGACAUCGAAAGGGUGAUUUUCUAAUUUUCCAUGGAGGAGGAAGGUGCUCAAAGAUUACAUUCUUAGCAUUGUUUGUAAUUUGUUUGACAAGCUUUAAAGCUACUGUGAUGAUAUUUUAGGAGUUGAAAUCAAAUAUUUCAGUGACAAUCUUUUAAACCUGUUUGUCCUUGUUGAUUAUAUGAAAAUCAUGCAGAUAUGAAUUUCUGAUGGUUUCAGUUUUGUCCAUGUGAUAAUUGUUGUUGUUUCUAAGAUGGCCACUGUUGGAGAUGCCAUUUCAUUUGUAAAUGUAUACAUUGUACUGUAUUAAUCCACAAAUAAGCCCUGCCCACAAAUAUUUCAUUAUUUUGCAGAAUCCGGUGGUUCACAAAUAAACCCUCAAAAACUUUAAUACAAAACCUUUAUAUUUGGGAAGGGAGUUUAUUUGUGGUUAUAUACAGUAAAUAUAUAUAUAUGAUAAUAUAUAAAUAAUUACAUGGAGAGCUCAAAUAUUGUAAUCACUAAAUAGAUAUUUUUGUGUGUGAAAUUUAUAGAAUUCCAAAAGAAGAAUACUCCAUAAGAACAGUUAUAUGCAAACCACUAGAUAUGGUGAUCCCUUGUGUAUUGUCACCAGUAUGUACUCACAGACUGUGUAUUUUUGUAUUUAAAGGAAGUUUUUAUGUUUUUGAUUAAAAAAUCUGCCUUAAGCAAAAAUUGAAUACAUGGAGAUGAUUUUUUAAUGUUAAUAAAUAUAGCAAAAAAAUGAGGAAUAAUUGUGCAAAUUCUGGAAUGUGAUUCUGAAAUAUCAAGUGUGCAAUUGGAUUAAUUUUUAGCCCACCUGGCCCAAAGGUCAAGUGAGCUUAUGUGUUGGUACCAUGUCCAUCGUCUUGUCAACUUGUUAGAUAAACAUUAUGUUUCCCAAGUCAACUUGUUAGAUAAACAUUAUGUUUCCCAAAUGACUGAAAGGAUUUUGACUAGCUUUUGUUUGCAACAUAAAGCUCCUACAGUUUUUAUGCUUGCCAACUCUCCCUGCCUGACAGAUACAUAUUUUGUUGUUGUCAUGAUUUUAAAAAUAUAUAUAUACACCUUGUGUAGUCAAUCAGAAUGAGUAUCAUUAAUGUGGACAUGGUAUUCAUUUGUCAAAAAAGGUCUACAAUUGAUUAAUGUUGUUAUUCUGAAGAGUUAAAUUGAACUAUGAAAUCACCCAUGUAAAAUUCCGAAGAAGUUGAUAACCAUAGGAUUUAAGGUAGUUUACACACAUAUGCAUUUCUGUUUGAUAAAGUGUUCAUACUAGAUAUUAAGGCCACCGUCAGUUUAUGGUCGGGGCACGAGUGAAAAAUAUCAAAAUAUUAACCACACUCGUGAAAUAUAAUUGGUAUUACUGAAGACACUGUUAGAUAUUCUGUUUAUUACAUUUUUUAU